AUGAAUAGCAAUUCAAAAGUAUCUUCUAGUACUAUGCGUAUAGCAAAAUCUGAACUGGGUCAUGAUACCAUCAACCGUUUUAAACGUGAUUUUUCACAUGUUCUUAUUAAACAAAAAGAAGAAUACGAACAAGAAAUAGUUCAAUUAAAAAAAACACACAAUGAACAAAUAUGUAAGCUUUGUAAUGAAAUAGAAAAAUCAUCAUCAUUAUUACAUCAAUAUAAAUUAGAACUCGAUUCAAUGCGAACAUCAUUUAAUAUACAAGAAAAACAAAUAAUAAAUAAAAAUAAUGAAUCGUUUUCUAUUCAAGAUUUACAAACAAAAAAUAUUGAAUUGACUGCUGAAAAUACAAAAUUAAAAAAUGAAUUAACAAUAUUAACAACUAAAUAUCAAAAAUUAUCAAUAGAAAUGCAAGAUGCUCAACAAUAUGUACUAAAAAUGAUUGUACAUUUAGAUUAA